AUGGCGAACCCUCCACCCUCCGACCCCUUCCUCGAAGUCCAAACCGACGUGCAGUCCACGCUCCAAAGCACGCGGCACCUGUUCUCCAGCUACCUCCGUAUCCGUACGCUGUCUACAUCUGCGACAUCCCCAGAACUACAACAGUCACGGGCGGAGUUGCGUUCCAACCUCGAAACCCUAGUGGCAGAUCUCGCAGAUCUGCUGGACAGCGUGAAAGCCGUGGAGUUGGAUCCGUACCGCUUUGGACUAGAUGUCGCCGAAGUGCAACGGAGGAGGCAGUUUGUUCAGGACGUGGGCGAUGAGGUGCAGGGCAUGAGGAGGGAAUUGGAGGGCGUCACUACGGAUACACACAUCGCUGGAGGAGUACAUCCUACAUCGGCCACUAUAGGGCCCACUGCCAGCGGCGGCGGCGGCACAAGAGUACCAAACGGGAAACUACCGAUUCCCUCAUCCUUUGAGGACGACCACGACGAAGAAGACGACGACGACGACCCCUACGGGGCCUUCGAGGCCCAACAGCAAGAGAUAAUGAUGCGCGAACAGGACGAGCAACUUGACGGCGUUUUCCAAAGCGUCGGUGUCUUGCGCGGCCAGGCAGAAAAUAUGGGUCGCGAAUUAGAAGAACAAGGUGCUUUGCUAGAUGAGGUGGACACCCUGGCAGAUCGGGUGGGUGGGAAGUUGAGCGUCGGAGUAAAGAAGGUGGGCGAGGUAAUUAGACGGAAUGAAGAUAGUGUGAGUAGUUGCUGUAUUGGGGUGUUGAUUGUGGUUUUGGUGAUAUUGUUGAUUCUAGUAAUUGUCAUCUAA